CUCAUACAACUCUAAUGAUAAAGCAUCAUCAUGCUCACCGACCCCCACUUUUAUAUCUGUGAGACGAGAAUCAUCCUCAACACAGAAGAAACUAAGGUGAAAAAAAUGGGAAGCCAGCAAAUAGCAAACCACAGAGGCGACGCGGAGAUCUACCAUGGCGAAGCACUGUGCAAGCAGAAAUCUCAGGAGCUCCUCGGAGAGAUGUCUCUUCCCAAAGGGCUUCUCCCUCUGGACGAUGCCACGGAAGUGGGCUACAACCGCACCACGGGCUUCGUCUGGGUGAAGCAGAAGCGCAAGAAGGAGCACCGCUUCCGCUCGAUCGGGCGCUCCGUGUCGUACGACACCGAGGUCACGGCUUUUGUGGAGGACCGCCGUAUGAGGAGGCUCACCGGGGUCAAGAGCAAGGAGUUUCUUAUCUGGGUCACCAUCUCCGAUAUCUACAUCGACGACCCCAGUUCGGGAAAGAUCACCUUCGCCAAUCCAACCGGCAUCUCUAGGUCGUUCCCAGUCUCGGCAUUCGACCUCGACGAGGGGAAAAGUGGGGAUCACAAAAACUGAGGCUUCUGUUUCUGGGGAUUUAGGGGAUUCUGAAUGGUAACUGAUGGAUAUGGGCAAAUCUUGUGCCAAAUAACACCUGGAUGGGUUUUGUGUUUUCUUGCUUUAUUUAGUUCCAACCGGUUCGAUUCGAUACUGUUUGGUUGCUAAGAAUCGUAAGGAUAAAUGGAAUUUGCAGCCAGAACUAAAACCCAAAUCUUUUUUUUUCUUUUUUUCUAAAUUUUCUGAGCACCAAUUCUUGUU